GUACCACAACUAUAUGUAUUUUCUAGCUGGGAGAAUUAUAUGCACUUAUGUGAUCGGCCCCUCGUGGUAUUUUAGACGCCCCCUCAUCAGCCCUCAGCUGGUGCCAGCACUGUAUCUCAUAUACAUAAUUUCCUCAUUGUUUGAGCAUGCAAAAGGAAGUCGAGGUGAAGAGAAGUACAAACAGCUCAGUGGACUGUUUGGCUACAAGAGGAUUUCAAAUGGAGUCACCAGUUACACAAAUUCUGAGAACAUCAGAGUCUCUUACCAACUUAACCACCGCAGUGGAUGACACGAUAACACAGAGCAUGACUAACAGGACAACAAAUGAUUCUGAUGUUCCAUCUCACCCCGUUUUCAUAUUUGCAUACUCGCUGGUUUUUUUUAUCAGUCUGCUGCUGAAUUGCAUCACAAUGAGGGUUUAUUUUUGCACCAAUCAACGCGUUCAUUCCAGUGUCACGGUCUACCUGAAGAACCUAGCUGCAGCUGACUUUUUCCUUUGCCUUUGUUUACCUUUGCGCAUUGCUAACUAUACCAACUAUUCAGUAACCAUGCGCAACAUUUACUGCAGCUUUGGAGCAACGGCCUUAUAUUUAAACAUGUAUGCAAGCAUUCUCUUCAUGGACUUUAUUGCUGCAAACAGGUACCUGAAAAUUGCCCGGCCAUUGGAGACUCAUGCUCUGCAGAUGGUUCGUACUGCGCGCCACAUUUCCAUAGCAGCUUGGCUGUCCUUAGUAUCAUUGGCUUCGGUCUACUUGUUCACAUUUAUCAAGACCUCUUGGAGUUAUGAUACAAAUGUUACUAAAAUUGGUUGUGAUUCUAUACACAGUCCCCAGGUCAAGGUGAUCUACAAAAUCACCCACACGGUGUCCAUGUUGCUCUUUGUUUGUGUGCUGGUCUCUCUGAUACUUCUGUACUGGGGUACUUUAAAAAAGAUCAGACAAGUUCAGUUGUCCACACAGGCCACAUCCAGCAGCCAUAAAUUCGAGAAGUCUAAGCGUAACAUGCUGGUUCUCGUGGUGGUUUUCUGCGUGUGCUUUGUGCCCUAUCAUCUGGUAAGGCUGCCCUAUGCAUUCUUCAAACCUGAUACGAAAGGCCGGAUAGCCCAAGCGUUUUACAUCUUAAAGGAGCUGACUGUGUUGCUUUCAGUGCUAAAUGCUUGCUUGGAUCCGCUCAUUUACUUUAUCUUCUGCAAGUCCUUCAGAGCUCAGCUAAGUGUCAGAAAAAAGACAGACUCUUCACUAUCCAAUGAAAAUCAAGGGCAGCAAAGGAGAUUGAGCAACGUGUUGAGCUACAUUGAGACAAAGGUGUCCACGCUAAAACGUGAAAGUGUCAUUUAAGCUAACAUUUUGUCUUAAUAGAUAAUGUCUCGUAAAUUUAAAGUAUAAUCAAGCAAUUAUUAUUAUUAAGAUAGGAUUUUUGUCUUUAACAAUAUUUUUUAUUCCACACAAUUAUGCAUGUAAAAUCUAAGGGUGAGCUCAUAUCAAGAAAUGAACAUAGAGGAUUUACAGUACCUGCAUUAAAAAUCUGCUCGCCUGAUCAUUUACCUCAAACUUUUUCGUGUUUUGAGAUAUUUUAACAGUUCUGAAUGUACAGCUCUUUCAUUUCGAGGUGUAGUGCAAUAUUGUUAUAAUAUGAUGGAAAAAAUGCAUCAUUUUCUGCCUGUUUACUGCAUGCAAACCAUGUUUUUUUAAGAUUCAUUACAUAUUGAGUUCUUGUAUAAUAACUUCAAGUGCCUCAAGCUUACGUGUUAUGCAAUAUGCAUGCAAAGAGAUUGGUCCUUUGAUAGGCCUAUCUGUCAAUCAGCUUUCAUGCUUCCUGCAACUUUCAUGUAGAUUACAAUCAACUUUGUCAUCUAUUUAUAGCAAAAUGCAAUAGUGUUUAAAUAAGUAAAAAGUGUGCAAAUACAAUAAAGACUUUUUCAUAAUAGUGCAAGGUUAUUUUGGUAAAAAAGCAGUGUCCAGCUCAAUGUUAGGAAAUAACCAGUGGACGGUUUACUAUGGAUUACUAACUUCUAACUAACUUUUUAGUCUAUGAAGUUUACAGUAUGCAACUGGCCACAGUAGUACAGAAAUUGCAUUAUACGAAAUCCGAGUUGCAUUAUGAGGUAGGUAUGUUCAAAGGUAUCAGACGACAAGAGACAUUGUAUAAACAUUAAGGAUUGUACAACUGAGACAAAAGGCAUGACAAAUGGUAAAGUGUAUUAUAUGUGUGAUUAUUGUACAGUGCAAUUUGUUUCUAUUUUGAAAUGUGUCCAUAAUCUUCCCUACAAAGGCUAAGUGCAGUAACUACGCAAACACUGAAACUGAGAAAAAUGCCCUUAAAGUUUUUUUUACACCAGCCAGUCAAACAUGUUACAAGACUUUGUCACAAGACACAGCAGAUCUCACACAGCCCAUUUUAACCCUUAACUCAAUUUUGACCAAAUGCGUAGUUACUGCGCUUCGGCUUUGUAGGGCAGUAUUGCUCAUCGCUGUCUUUGUUUGAGUUAAAAAUGUUGGCAGUGCCAAAUCCGCAUAUGUCUUAAAGCCUUGCUAGUUCUGUAGCAAUAAAAGACAACAACUGCAGCAGUUCAAGCUGAUCUGGCCUUUUAAUAUUCAUUAAUAUCCCAAAAGAUUAUUCCAAAAUAUUACUGAUUUGUGUACCUGUAGUGACCAUACCUGAAUAUGUAGAAAACAAAUUUGACUGUAGAAAUACAGAAUAUCAAAUAUAUUGAAUAAUAAUUACCUUAUGAAGUUGUCUUUAAGUCUACACUGUAAAAAAUUGGUUGCCGGUAAAUUACCGUAGAUUUAAAUUUAUGUUAUUUACUGGCAACAUUUUGUUCAAAGUUAAAUAAACAUUAAACAUUUACAAGUCUUUGUCUUUACAGAAUAAAACUAGAAAAACAGCAUCAAGCAAAACAUUCUGAGAAACUAAAUCUGAAGCAAAAAACAGAAAAAGGUUGAUGAUGAUUUUUGGUUCCCAGAAUGCUUUGCAUGAGGCUGUUAUUGUAUAGUUUUAUUCUAUAAAGAUAAAGACUUGUUAAUAUUUAAAAUUUAUUUAACUUUGAACAAACUAUUGCCAGUAAAUAACAUAAAUUUAAAUCUACGGUAAUUUACCGGCAACCCAGCUGCAAUUCCAUUUUAAUUUCUACUGAUUUUUUUUACAGUGUAGGAUCUUUAUUUAUAUAUAGAUGUUGUGUAUUGUUACUAUUAUUGGUUAAUUGUUUUUCAUUUGUAGAUAGUUAAUAUAUG